AUGCAGGAGCAGUUUCCUGGCCAGGAAUUUCCGGGAGAUGAUCCGACCAAUUACCCUAACCGCGUCCCGUACAGGGAUCCGUUUGAUCUCGCUCGAAGCCCGGGGAAGGUCCUCGAUGAGCUGGGCCAUGAAUUCCGGGUACAAGUUGGAAUCAAUGGAUUCGGCCGUCUUGGCCGAGCCCUCUUCUGCAAGGCCUACACCUCGCCCUACAUCAACAUCGUCGCCGUCAACGAUCCUCAUGUGGACGCGGCCCAAGCAGCAACCCUCCUCCAGGAAGAGCACUCUCAAGGCCGGCUCGCCCGAAGUACGAGCCUCGAAAUCCACGCGGAAGCUGCAGCCAACACGCUCCUGCUCAAUAACACCGCCACGGGCAAGAUCGCGUCGGUCCAGUUCAGCGCGCAGGAUGACCCGUCCGUCUUGGGCUGGGCCAGUCUCGGCGCUUUCCACGUUGUCGAGUGCUCGGGCAUGUUCAUGACCGUGGCGGCUGCGUCCGCACACUUGGCCACGGGGACAGCUAGCGGCCAGCGUGAUGACGGUGGCGCAGGUGGCGCUUUCAAGGUGUUGAUUGCAGCGGCGUCGCCUGACGCGCCGAGGUUCUACCCUCGGGUCAACUUGAGGGAGUACCGGGUUGAGCAGAGCGUGUUUGCGUGUGCGCCGCCAAGAGAUGACGAGCACCUCGCGGCACAUGGGAACAAUUCUGUUGUUGAUGAGAAUCAUGUGUGGCAGUACGCCGAUCACGUGCUUGAGUUGUUGAAUCUCGUCCUUGCGCGUGACGGCGCAGCAGCAAGCUGGGGCAUGGUUCAGGAAGAGGGUCGCGAGCCCUCACUCCACACUCUAUUUGAGGAGUCAUUGCGCUGGGUUCUUGGAAAUUGUCUUCCUCCCAGGGAGUAUUUUGACUACCUUGAUGGGGAGCUGGAGAUUGGAAAUUCAGAGUUUAUGGCGGUAGACCAAUUAGAUCAGGUUCUCAUAUGCAGUUGCGUGAACUGGCUCACCGCUGUACCAAUAGCAGAUUUCGCUCAUAAAAUGACGCGUAUUAUACUUCCAGUCAGGUCUAGGCGUCCCCGGCCUACACCCUCUGCUUCGACAGGCACCACUCCCUCUCCAAGUAUUCCAGGAACAGCUUCUACCCAAACGAUGCCCAACCGACCUGUCGAGAACAACAGUGAAUCGUCCAGUCGAAGUGUUCCCGAGGAGGGUAGUCAAGGGUUCCAGACUCUGGUUUCAUCAAUAGAACAGAGUCCGAGUCCAACAUUCACUUUCGAACCCGAUUCAAGCCACUCACCCGGUAUGACGCCAACGCGGUCGAUAUCUGAUGUUGUGGAACAAGGCGAUGCGCCUUCCAACACUCGAAAAACCAACAACAGUCCUAUUUUUGACUUCGUUGGCCAGCGGUCUCCGAAACCAUCCGUGUCUAUCUCACCUCCGCCUUCAAAUAUUGCCGCCACAAGGAGCUCUGUCUCAGCUUCCGGGGGUGAAAAUACGGGACUCACGCCUGGUAUCCGAGACCUGGGUCCGGUCAGUAGGCAGUCAUCCCAGCAACAUAGAUCUGGUCUAGAACUGGGGGAACUCAGUGAUGCAAUCGCCGACAUUGUCCGAAAUGCAAGCACCCCGCGAGUUCGUGGAUCUCUGACCGUAUCGUCCUCGGGGCAUGCUCGCAGGAGGUCGAGUCCACGACCGUCGCCCGUCAUCCACAAUGUGGAGGAGGAGGAUCCACCAGAUGAUGAGUUCCAUCACCCAACUUUCCAGCGACGACUGUCUCAGGCCAAGAGUGUGCUACAAAGCUUGGCAAGUGUUCUUGCCAGCAGCUCUAUCCACCUCGAACCUGACUCUACCAUAAAGACCCACCAUGAGGAGGCUGAGACUUAUAGCCGGUUUUACCCACUUUCGGAGCGGAAAGUUGGACUCGUGGGUGACUCUGGAGUCGGGAAAAGCAGCCUUGUCAACUCCCUCCUGGACACCUGCGAACCACCACUAGCACAGGCGACAGCCAAGGGUUCUGCUUGCACCUGCGUUGUGACCGAAUAUCACUUUCAUGCUGAUGGUGAUUUUGUUAUCGACGUGGAGAUGUUCUCCGAAGAUGAGCUGUACGAGCAACUUGCUGAGCUGUUGCGUUCCUACAGGGCUUUCAAGACGGUCGACGAAGAAGAGACCAAGGAUACAGCCAAGCUUGCCAUGGAUACAUUCAGGUCAAUGUUCCGUGGAAAGCUGCAGGAUGAUGGAUGGAUCUUGAAGGCGCCGGAGACAGUUGUUCUUGAAACUCUCAAGAUAUGGGCGAAAGAAGCCAUGCGGCUCGGCCCGCCAGUGAGGCGGGUCGCUCAGACCAUAGAAGAGUGUUCAUCACUGCUUCUACCGCUCAGCUCGGAGCCUCAUGAUCCAAAACAGUUCUCACUGUGGCCAUACAUCCGCAAAAUCAAGGUCUAUUUGAAAUCCCACGUCCUGAGCCAGGGGCUGAUUCUGGUCGACCUACCCGGCCUCCGAGAUCUAAAUUCAGCACGCCGAAAAAUCACACAUCGAUAUUUAUGGAAUUGUCAUGAAAUAUUCGCUGUCUGCGAAACUAAGCGAGCCAUCUCAGAUGAGGGCGUCAAGACCGUUUUCGACAUGGCACUACAAGCUCAACUUGAACGGGCAGGAAUCAUCUGCACGCAUUCAGACGUAUUCAAUUACAAUGAAAUCAAAAACUAUUUGGACCAUGAAGAUGCUGAACGGAUUAGAGAAUUGAACCGAUCUCUAGUCGCUGUUGAAGGGGAAAUUGAAGACACCAAAAGAGAACUGGACACCUUCCAGUUCCUACCGAAUGAGGACGAGGCAACCAAGCAAAUGAGAACGGAGCUACUUGAAGAGAAUAUGAGACUUGAAAGGGAGCGUAAGGCCAUUGAAUUUGACCGAUUAGAAUAUGCGGUUAGAGCGCGGAAUGCCAACGUCACCCGGGGCCUUGGAGUGGAGUAUCAAGCCCAGACGCGAAGCAAAACGCUCCACAUCUUUUGCGUCAGCAACACACUCUACCAAAACAACCGACAUCUCGAUAAGUCUGUUUCCGGGAAAUAUCUAAGGCUUUCUGGGAUCAUUGAUUUGCGGAGGCAUCUCAUCGCUGCAGUGGGGGAAAGCCAACUGUGGGAAUCUCAGAAAUUUCUCGACCACCAAGUGCCCGGUCUGUUGCGGAACGUUGGACUAAGAUCUCCAAUGAACACUACCAAGAGGUCCUUGGAAAGCUCCUUUGAGUCACGGAUUUGGGAAGGUAGAGACAUAGCCAAGUGGACAAAAUCUUCCAAGGAUGCAUGCAAGAAAUGGGAUAAAUGGGCACCCGGUUCUUAUGCUGCCUGGCUCCGUCAUGAUGGUGACUGGUAUACAAAGACUGAACGACGCCGUAACUGGAAUAUGGAGGUCAUGCGAGACAUGGCUACUGACGUCGAGUCGCCUUGGGAUGACCUGCUCUCAGAUAUUCGAAUUCAUCAGUUGAAUUUGAAGCAAGGCAUAGGUGCCUGCUGGGAAGAAGCAAUUGCCGUUCUAGAAUCGGAGUGGCCUUAUCCUGACGAUCGAGUCGAUGAGAUCAGCAAAGCCCUGGAUGUUCGCAAGGAUCUGUUCCUCGACGGGGUAGAGGAUAUAACAGAGCGCUUCAAUGACUGCAUAUCGCUCCUGCGCAUAGAUAACCUCACCUGGCUGAGCGGGUCCAUGAUCACUAGAAUCAUGUCCCGCGUCUGUCGAGAGGCGAUGGAACAUGAAGGCAAUGGGUGCACCAUAUUGCGGCGGGGAGAGAUCAAAGGCACAUUCGCGAACGCAGCUACAUUUGAGAACAUGAUGAAGGAGUUGCGAAGCUGCUUCAAGGAUCAUACAGAGGGCCUGAAGCAGGAGUUGAAUGGGCUGGUGUCAACGCACCUGGACGCCAUACAUGCCACCUUGGACCUUGUCAGGGAGGAAAAUGCCUCGGAGGAGAGCGAGAAGGACCCUGAAUUUCGCCAUCGUGUUGCUGAUGAAGUUGCGAAGGCUCGGAGCCUGAUGGGAAUAUGA